AAUUAUAAUUUUUUUAAUUCUUUUCUAGAUUACAAUGACUAUAUAACACAAUGGAUUUGUACUUUUCUUUUGUCUUUCUUGUUGUGGCACUUUGUUUUGUAUCCCCACCUAAAGAAUUUAUAUCAAUUGGGUUUACUGUGCAGAAUAUUUUUAGCUCUUAUUUGGGAAGUGAAGCUGUAGAUUUUGUUGGGUAUCAUAUGAAGAGAACAACCUUGACAAUACUAGUUCAUUCUUUAAUACCUUUAGUUUACUAUAUCAGUCUUGGUUUUCUUUCGCCAGAAUUGCAUUUGUUUAGUUUUUUAAAUCUUUCUCCAUGGGUUCAGUUUUUUUUUUUGGUUUCUUUUUCAUGUGCAUUGAUUGGUGUUGUACUGUUUUUUGUGUGGACAUAUCCGACAUCAAACUAUCACCCAUUAGCAAGAGAUCUUGUAAAAUUUGGAACACCUUGGAGAAGUGUUGCAUCACAAAUUAAUCUUGAAUUUCGUCAUAUUGAAAAGUUUUCAUUGUUAUCAGGAGGUACCAGCAUAUAUGUAACCAAUUCAUGGAUUAUUAAAUGUACUGCCUAUAAAAUUUACAUUGCAAAGCAAACUGAUUCCCAUCUCACUAUUGUUAAAACUGAGAAUUUUUCUUACAAUAUUGGACAAGUUUCUAGUGGACAGUUUUUACAAAUAAAAGUUUCUACAAUCUUGCCGCAUGAAGAGUGCUUUUUUAUAAAUUUAAACUCUUUGGACUACAAUGACUUGAAAGAUAGGCUUAGUGCUCCUAUACGAAAUGCAAGAGAUAUUGUUAUUCAUCAAACAUUAAGUGACUGCUUCAUUGAAGCAUUCAAAGAACAAGUGGAAGCAAAUGGCCCCUUGAAUAAUUAUGUAUUCCGGAAUGAUGAGCAAGAAAGCUGCAUUGGUUGCAUGGCAAAAGAGCCAAAUAUUAAGUUAUCACGCCAUUGCAAUAGUAUUUCGGAAAAUGAGUGUCAGCAAUGCUACUGUCGUCCUAUGUGGUGUUUGGAAUGUAUGGGUAGGUGGUUUGGGAGCAGACAAGAUCAAAACCAACCAGAAUUGUGGAUGUCAUCAAAUGCUCCUUGCCCCACAUGCAGAAUGAAAUUUUGUAUGCUUGAUGUUUUCAAAGUAAAAUAAAUGUUUAACUGGUUUAAAA